AUGGCAUUCACGACAGCAGUCAGCCUUUUUCUCCUCACCUGGAGCGGCCUGUUUCUGCUCGAUUUUGUUUUACGGGCCCUGGCUGUAAGGCGGUACAUCGAUUUUGCCGAGAAGCACCACAUCCAGAUAUCACCCUUCCAGCUUCGUUUCUACACCCAUCGAUAUGAUGCCCGACUAAUGCCCCAGGGUAUCGGCGAUGGCGAAAAAUCCCUAUCACGGAGAAUGGGCAGAAAAUUGUUGACCCUAUGGUUCGAUCUCGGUGUCAUCGUCGUUCUCGCCUGUACGGUAUUCGUCACGUGGUAUCUAACUUCUCAUAUCUGGCAUGCAUUGCCUUCUUCGUCAUCGUUUAAUGAGCGCACCCGGGAUAUGCCAAGACCGAUUCCAGCCCGAUUUCAUACACCAGCACCAUUACCAGCUAAUGAUAAUACAGCAGAACCGGUGUUUCAAGGAGACGAUCCUAUUGACCAUCCACAUCGAGAUGAAGGCUUAACACCAAUCAUCCCUGGCGUCAACAUGCCAUGGGCUCACAUCCCGAUGUUCAUGAUCGUCCUCGUCAUGGCCGCCGUCUUGCACGAGCUUGGACAUGCCUGGGCGGCGCGGCUGGAGAGCGUGCGGGUAUCUGGGUUUGGCGUCUUUGUGCUUGGGAUUUAUCCUGGAGCCUUUACUGAAAUUGACGACUUGGGAUUGAAUCAACGCCCUACCUGGUCAAAGCUUCGGGUCUACUGCGGUGGAGUCUGGCAUAAUUUGGUUCUGGCGGCCGUCGGGUGCCUUGUCGUGUAUUCAACGCCAUAUCUUCUAUCUCCAUUCUUCACAACGGGUUCCGGUGUUACGGUGGAAGAAGUCAGUCAACAAUCUGGGUUGUACGGUGGUCUGAAGCCUGGGCAGGUGGUGACAAAAAUCGAUCAUUGUGAGGUUUAUCAUCCACUAUCUUGGGUUGAAUGCGUAAAAGCUUUGCAAAAAGAGAGAUAUGGGCGUUGCGUGGAUUCUGAUGCGGUUUUGGCAGCUAAAAGUUCAAAGGUGACCAUCUUUGACAAUGAGCUCCAUUGUUGUGACGAGCAGAAGAACGCGACCCCAGCCCAUAUUUGUUUUGAGAGCGGAGUGGUCACUAAAAGAAACCAUCCGGAAACAAGAGCCCCAAAUCUUGCUGAUGCUUUGCGGUUAGGCGGUCCCGAAAAACCUCGCGAAGUCGUUCGCGUCGAAACAAAACUAAAACGACAGCUCUCCUGCCUGGACGCUCGGAGCGUCACUUCACAGCCAUCCUGUAACGAAACAACACCCUGUGAAGCGUCGGAUCAGACGCGCCCAAAACCCACCUGUAUUUACCCAGCGCUUUACAAUGGGACGCGGUUGGUUCGGCUGGAAGUGGGAGAAGCGGACAAACCGGUGUUGUUCGUUGGGAGGAUGGAAGAGUUCCUUUACUUGGUUGAAGUAUCUCCGCUGAUAUCAAGAUGGUCUUGGGUCCCAAAAGUGUUACCACAUACUGUGGAGCUGUUCGGUAAAUACGUGGUAACGCUAUCGGUAGCACUCGGUGUUCUAAAUGCCGUGCCGUGUUUCGCCCUCGAUGGUCAACAUAUCAUCGUUGCUCUUUUACAGGCCUGGAAAAUCCCUAGAAAACGCCGCCACCGUCUCACCCAAUUCUCGCUCGCUUACGGCACAUUCCUCCUGGGCGCAAAUAUCCUGAUCGGCUUUACCAAAUUCUUCUAUUCAUAUAAGUUAAUG